UGCCUCGGGCAUGAAUAUUUUAUGCAGAGUGACACACACACAGAGAGGAGACUAGACGAUGCAAAUGCGUCGACCCGUCCGACAGGCUAUUCUCAGUACGCAGUCAGUCAGGCUCUGUUGACUUGCGGCAUACUGAAGACGUUGUCUGUGUGUACACACUGACAACUGAGUGUCGCACAUACGUAUACAGCUAGCUCACAGUGCCUUAGUCUUUACUAUCAGAGCGUCCAGCAUGAGUUACCCAGGCGCAGGCUAUCCCCCGGGAGGUGGAGCAGGCUAUCCUCCACCGGGAGGUGCAGGCUACCCGCCUGCUGGGGGGGCAGGCUAUCCGCCGGCUGGUGGGGCAGGGUAUCCGCCGGGUGGGGGGGCAGGAUUUCCGGGUGCGUACCCACCGCAGCCGGGCGCAGCCGGACAGCAGCCUCCGCCUCCCGUGGGGUUCAAUACGGGAGCACCGGGGUACCCGCAAAUGCCAGGAGGGGGGUUCCCCCCUACGGGACCCGCGGGGUACCCGGGGGGAGCCGGUGGUUACCCCCAGCCGCCAACCGGGCCGGGGUACGGACCCGGACCUACACCGCCGCCGGGUGCACCAGGGUACGGGGCGCCCCCCUACCAUGGGGGAGCACCGGGCGCGUAUCCCGGGGGGUACCCAGGGGUUACCCCGGCCCUCGCGCCUGAAGCGUACGGUCUUCCACCCGACUUCUACGGGCCCGACCCGCCAGUGGACUAUGGAGACGACAUACCGACAAUAAUGCAGAGAGCGUCACCAGAAGAGCAGGCAACACUCGGCAAACUGAUGGACCUGAACCACGUUUUGGAGCGGGCGGACAGAGGAGAACAACACCAGUAUUACCAGCACGGCAAGCGGGGCAGGUAUCACGACCAGGAGUAUGAUGACCCGCACGGCAUCACGGACAGGCUGACGGACCUGUCCACCAUGCAGCACCUCAACACGCUCAGGAAGUACGGGCUGCUCAAGAAGCUCGGGCCGCUGGGGCUGGUGAUGGGUUCCAUGGCGUACGCGGGAGGCGGAAAGCAUCACGGCAGACAGGGGCAUCACGGGGGACACGGCAACCAGGUCCUGGGGAUGCUGGGAGGACACGGCGGCGGCGGGCACGGCGGGCACAAGAAGGGCGGGUUCAACCUGGGGUCACUUGCGAGUCUGGGUAUGGGCGCGCUGGGGAAGGGAGGUCACGGUCACCACAAGAAAGGUAAAAUGGGCAUGCUGCAGAGCCUGGGAGGGCUGCUAGGGGGCGGCGGUCAUCACGGCGGCCAUCAUGGUGGAUACGGCGGCCAAUAUGGCGGCCAAUAUGGCGGCGGGUACGGCGGCUACGGAGGUCACCACGGAGGUCACCACAGGGGUCAUCAUGGAGGUCAGCCUCGGUUUGACUUGAGUGAUGGGUUCGGGAUGGAGGACGUCAAAGCUCUGGCAAAUAUGGCUUCUGGCAAACGAGGCUUUUGA